UCCACAGACUGGCCUUCACUGUCUUCAGUCCUGUCAGCGAUGGACACUGACAGGGUCCACGCCGCUCUGCCUGACCCGCCGAGUCACAGCGAAGACUUAAUGCUGGAAGAGAAGGCCUUUGGGAAUUUCUUUGCUGAGUUAGAGUCUGUGGAGCUGCCUCUGGGGACCACUUUGAGGUCCAUCUACGAUGACCAGCCCAAUGCCCACAAACGCUUCAUGGAGAAGCUGGACGCCAGGAUAAGGAACCAUGACAGAGAGAUUGAAAAGAUGUGCAACUUCCACCACCAAGGCUUUGUGGACGCCAUCACAGAGCUGCUUAAAGUCCGCGCGGAUGCAGAGAAACUGAUGGGUCAAGUGACGGACACCAACAGAAGACUACAGGAAGCAGGGAGGGAUGUAAAAGCUCAGAAGGAGGAAGUGAUUCGCUGUCGGAUCCAGCAGAGGAACAUGGCCACCACGGUGGAGAAGCUCCAGCUCUGUUUACCAGUGCUUGAAAUGUACAGCAAGCUAAAAGAGCAACUGGAUUCCAAAAGGUAUUACGCUGCACUGAAAACCAUGGAGCAGCUAGAGAAGGUCUAUAUUCCAAGGGUCAGCCAUUACAGGUUCUGUCAAAUCAUGGCAGAAAAUCUGCCAAGACUGAGGGAGGAAAUCAAAGACAUCUCCAUGUCAGACCUAAAGGACUUCCUAGAAAGCAUCCGAAAGCAUUCAGACAAGGUUGGAGAGACGGCGAUGAGGCAGGCCCAGCAGCACAGAACCUUUAACAGCGCCGUGGCAAAGCAGCUCCACAUCGGCCACUACAGCAAGCCUGUUUACUCCCUGAGCCGACACACAAACACGCACCUCUCCAACGGCCUCUGGAGCAACGACGACACUGGAGACGAGGAGGACGCCGAUGAAGAAAUCCUCACAGCUCAGGACCUGGUGGACUUCUCUCCUGUCUACAGGUGUCUCCACAUCUACUCUGUGCUGGGCGACAGAGAAACAUUUGAGAACUACUACAGGAAGCAAAGGAAGAAACAGGCCCGCCUGGUUCUGCAGCCACAGGCUAACAUGCAUGAAACGGUGGAAGGCUACAGAAGAUACUUCAACCAAAUCGUGGGGUUCUUUGUGGUAGAAGAUCACAUCCUCCAUGCCACAAGGGGGCUGGUGACCCGAGCUUUCACUGAUGAACUGUGGAACAUGGCCCUGUCCAAGAUCAUCGCCGUGCUCCGCACACACUCUUCCUACUGUGAAGACCCAGACCUGGUUCUGGAGCUGAAGAACCUGAUCGUUAUCUGCGCUGACACACUGCAGGGUUACGGUUUCCCAGUCAGCCGACUCUUUGACCUGUUGUUCGAGGUGCGGGACCAGUACAAUGAGACGCUGCUGAAGAAAUGGGCUGCGGUCUUCAGAGAGAUCUUUGAAUCGGACAACUACAGCCCCAUCCCAGUUGAAACAGUGGAGGAGUAUAAACUGGUGAUCAGUCGCUUUCCCUUCCAUGAUCCUGAGAUCGAAAAGCAGGACUUUCCUAAGAAGCUGCCGAUGUCACAGUCUGUCCCUCAGAUCUACGCACAGGUCAAAGAGUUCAUCUACGCAAGCCUGAAGUUCUCCGAGUCGCUGCACCGCAGUUCCACAGAGAUCGACGACAUGCUGAGGAAAUCCACCAAUCUGCUGCUGACCAGGACACUGAGCAGCUGUCUGCAGAACCUGACUAAGAAACCGCACAUAGGGCUGACUGAGCUGGUGCAGAUCAUUAUCAACACCACUCACCUGGAGCAGGCCUGUAAAUAUCUGGAGGAGUUCAUCACCAACAUCACCAACAUUUCCCCUGAAACCGUUCACACCACCAGGCUCUAUGGCCUGUCCACCUUUAAGGAUGCUCGGCACGCUGCCGAGGGAGAGAUCUACACCAAGCUGAACCAGAAGAUCGACGAGUUCAUCCAGCUGGCGGACUAUGAGUGGAGCAUGGCCGAGUCCGACGGCCGCGCUUCAGGGUACCUCAUGGACCUCAUCAACUUCCUCCGCUCUACUUUUCAGGUUUUCACUCAUCUUCCGAAUAACAACAAUGACCAUGCGUCGAUGUCGGGGAAAGUGGCGCAGACGGCGUGCAUGUCGGCCUGUAAGCAUCUGUCCACGUCGUUAAUGCAGAUGCUCCUCGACUCAGAGCUCAAGCAGAUCAGCAUGGGAGCCAUUCAGCAGUUCAACCUGGAUGUCAUGCAGUGUGAACUGUUUGCCAGCUCAGAACCUGUACCAGGCUUCCAGGGCGACACGCUCCAGCUGGCCUUCAUCGACUUACGACAGGUCCUAGACCUGUUCAUGGUUUGGGAUUGGUCCACCUACCUGGCCGACUAUGGGCAGCCGAACUCCAAGUACCUGAGAGUGAACCCAGCUACCGCUCUGGCUCUGCUAGAAAAAGUCUACCGAGGAAUGAAGGACACCAACAAGAAGAAUAACAUCUUCUCCCAGUUCAGGAAGAACGACAGAGACAAGCAGAAGCUGAUAGAGACGGUGGUGAAACAGCUGAGGAGUCUGGUCAACGGCAUGUCCUCCUAAAACUUGCAGCAAACACGCCUCAUCUCAUGUGCAAUAUCCUCACGCUAGGAGGGAAACACGCAUGCAUCGGCCCGACCCAAAAAGACUGGUUCUGAUCUGCCACAGAGCUACUCUAUGCAGGCAUCUAACAUAUGAACAGCUUAGAGACCCUUCCUGCCUGCAUGCUCAGCUGCAGAACCAGAACCUGGAGAAGUUCUGCUCGCACCCCAACUAUCAACUGCACAGGGACUAUUUAUUAGCUGCUCUUUAGAGACUAAAUGUUUUCUACAUUUUUUUUGUGGCGUGAAUCAAUUGAAGCUGUGAUCUGAUACAGGAAGUGACAUCAUCAUCAUAGGUCCAAACUUUCAGAACCAAACCUAAAAAAGGAGCGUCGUGGUCUGUUUCUGUGGCUCUGCUGGGAGGAACCGAGAAGAUUAAUCUGGAAACAGAACCACAACAUUUCACUCAUUCAUACUUUAUAGAUCUUUG